AUGGCGAACACCUAUGAGACUUUUAAUUUGCGCACCACAACAGAUAAAUUUUACAUCGAGACUUGUGACGAUGGCUCUGUGGAUGUGUUAGCCAUCGAUAGAGUGUCAACUGAGAUGACGCUCACAGUUAAGAGGGAUAUUCCGACAUCUGCUGAGAUCAGGCCAAUAUGUGGACUCAUGGGAACAAUACGCUUGGUGGCAGGUAUGUAUCUGAUCAUCAUCACGAAGAAAAAGAAGGUGGGGGACCUCCUAGGCCAUGCUGUAUGGAAAGCUAUGGAGUUUGACAUCAUCUCCUAUCAAAAGACAAUACUACACUUAACAGAAAACCAGAUGUUAGACAACAAGACCUUCUUGUCCAUGAUCAACAGUGUACUUCAUACAGACAGCUUCUACUUCGCAACAGACUACGACCUGACGCAUACUCUGCAACGCCUGGCCAACACCAGUCCAGAAUUUCAGGAGAUGAGCCUACUAGAGAGGGCAGAUCAGCGUUUUGUCUGGAAUGGUCACUUGUUGAGGGAAUUCAUUGCACAGCCUGAGUUACACAAAUUUGUGUAUCCCGUUGUCCAUGGAUUCAUCAUUAUGAAGUCAAGCAGCAUCAAUGGGAAAGUAUUUGAUUGGAGUAUUAUCUCCAGAAGAAGCUGUUUUAGGGCUGGUGUUCGCUACUAUGUAAGAGGCAUUGAUUCAGAGGGCCAUGCUGCUAAUUACGUUGAGACCGAGCAGAUAGUGCAGUACAACAGUGCCAAGGCUUCCUUUGUUCAGACAAGAGGUUCGAUACCCUUCUACUGGUCCCAAAGGCCUAACCUCAAGUACAAGCCAAAACCACAGAUCAGCAAAACAGUCAACCAUUUGGAUGGAUUCCAGAGACACUUCGACUCACAGAUCAUUCUUUAUGGGAAGCAAGUCAUUUUAAAUUUGAUAAACCAGAAAGGCUCAGAAAAUCCACUAGAGAAGACUUUUGAAAAGAUGGUGGGCAACUUGGGAAAUGGCACAAUCAAGUACAUAGCAUUUGACUUCCACAAGGAGUGCAGUCGGAUGAGGUGGCAUCGUCUGCAAAUCUUGUUGGACAAGGUUGCUGAAAUCCAGGAGGAAUUUGGGUACUUUUUGGUGGAUUCAGAUGGGACAGUACUGUUAAACCAGGAGGGGACUUUUCGGAGCAACUGCAUGGACUGUCUGGACCGCACCAACGUUAUUCAGAGUCUGCUCGCCAGACGCUCACUACAGUCACAGCUACAGAAAAUGGGGGUCCUCCACAUGAGCCAGCACAUUGAGGAUCAAGCUGAUUUCGAAAAGAUGUACAAACAUGCUUGGGCUGACAAUGCAGAUGCAUGUGCCAAACAAUAUGCAGGCACUGGAGCAUUGAAGACCGAUUUCACCAGGACAGGCAAGAGAACUCAGUGGGGACUGCUGAUGGAUGGCUGGAACUCCAUGAUACGAUAUUACAAAAACAACUUCUCUGAUGGCUUCAGACAGGACUCAAUAGAUCUGUUUCUUGGGAACUUUGCCGUGGAUGAAGCUGAAAUGGCAACACCACUGAGUGAACCCAAAGAUUGGAAGUUUCUGACGUUACCGAUCAUCAUGGUUGUUGCCUUCUCCAUGUGUAUCAUCUGCUUUUUAAUGGCCGGUGACACAUGGACGGAGACUCUGGCUUACGUCCUGUUCUGGGGAACGGCCAGUGUAGUCACAUUCGGCCUCAUCCUUUUCAACGGACGGGACUUUGUCGACGCUCCAAAGCUGGUGCAGAAGGAAAAGCUGGACUGA